GAUGGCGGAGAGUGCGGAACUGAAGCAGAUGGUGAUGAGCCUGCGGGUGUCGGAGCUGCAGGUGCUGCUGGGAUACGCCGGCCGCAACAAGCACGGCCGCAAGCACGAGCUGCUGAGCAAGGCACUGCAGCUGCUGAAGGCGGGCUGCAGCCCCGCCGUGCACAUGAAGAUCAAGGAGCUGUACCGGCGCCGCUUCCCGGCCAAGAUGGCGUCGCGCGCGGAGCCGGCGCCGCCCGGGCCGCACCACCCGGCGGCGUCGGCGGGCGGCGGCGGCGGCGCGGCGCUGCCCGCCGGCCUGACGCAGCUGGCGUACGAAGGCCACGGCGGCGCCCCGUCGCCCGCCGCCGCCGCCCUGCUGCCGCUGUCGCUGCUGGGCCCAGGGAAGCACGAGCUGACGGGGCUGCCGCACCACCUGCCCGCCUCCGCCGCGCUGCACCCCGUGCACCCCGACGUCAAGCUGCAGCGGCUGCCCUUCUACGACCUGCUGGACGAGCUCAUCAAGCCCACCAGUCUAGCGUCCGACAGCAGCCAGAGAUUUCAGGAGACGUGUUUUGCGUUUGCCUUGACGCCGCAGCAGGUCCAGCAGAUCAGCAGCUCCAUGGACAUCUCCGGGAACAAGUGCGACUUCUCGGUUCAGGUCCAGCUGCGGUUCUGCCUGUCGGAGACCAGCUGUCCUCAGGAAGACCACUUCCCCCCCAAUCUGUGUGUGAAGGUCAACGGGAAGCCGUGCAACCUGCCGGGUUAUCUCCCUCCAACCAAAAACGGCGUGGAGCCCAAGCGGCCGAGCCGGCCCAUCAACAUUACCUCACUGGUCCGACUGUCCACCACCGUCCCCAACACCAUCGUGGUGUCCUGGACCGCCGAGAUCGGACGGAGCUACUCCAUGGCGGUGUACCUGGUCAAGCAGCAGUCGUCCACAGUUCUCCUGCAGAGACUUCGAGCUAAAGGCAUCAGGAACCCCGACCACUCCAGAGCGCUCAUCAAAGAGAAGCUGACAGCAGACCCAGACAGUGAGAUCGCCACAACCAGCCUGCGGGUGUCGCUGCUCUGCCCGCUGGGGAAGAUGCGGCUGACGAUCCCCUGCCGGGCGCUCACCUGCUCCCACCUGCAGUGUUUCGAUGCCACACUUUACAUCCAGAUGAACGAGAAGAAGCCGACCUGGGUCUGUCCGGUCUGCGACAAGAAGGCUCCGUACGAGCACCUCAUCAUCGACGGGCUGUUCGUAGAGAUCCUCAACAGCUGUCUGGACUGCGAUGAGAUCCAGUUCAAAGAGGACGGGAACUGGUCGCCCAUGAGGUCCAAGAAGGAGGUGCAGGAGGUGUCGUCUGCCGCGUACAACAACGGGCUGGACGGUUCGUGUCGGACGCCGUCCGGCUCGGAGCAGUGCAGCUCGUCGUCGUCUCACGGCGGAGGAGCCAGCAGCAGUAAGAAGGUGGAGGUGAUCGACCUGACGCUGGACAGCUCCUCGGACGAGGAGGAGCUGGACUCCCCGCCUCCCCCGCCUCCCCCGCCGCCUCCCCCCGUCAAGAGGGCGUGUCCGUCUCUGUCCCCGACGUCGCCGCCCGUCAUCAACAAAGGGGUGUUGAACCUUCACCACCAGGCGUCCCCCGUGAGCCGGACCCCCAGCAUGCCCGCCAUGGACACCAGCUACAUCCCCCCCGUGCCCCCCCUCAUCCAGGACUACAGACCCUACUACCACACGCCCAAUGACCUGUCAGAGUUGAACUUCUUCUCUUUCCUUCAAGGAGACAAUCAUCAGCAUUACAACAUGGUCAUGGCAGCGGCGGCCGCCGCCUCGGCCUCAGACGACCACGAGCUGCUGCUGAACCGCUUCCUGCCGUACAGCGCCUCGUCCUCGGCCUCCCAGCUUUUCCUGGACCAGUCGGCGGCGUCCUCGGGCGCCUCGCUCGCCAUGCCCACCAACGGCACCGCCAACCCAGGCAGCGGCAGCAGCAGCCUGCGCGACUCGCACUCCGCCCACUCCACACACUCCACACACUCCUCGCACACACUCCCCGGGGCGGCGGCCGGCCGCGGCGGCUCCGAGGCGGCGGCAGUGGCGGCGGCCAUCUACGGCGGGAUCCCCGACGUCAUCUCGUUGGACUGACCCGAGGUGGGCGGAGCCUGCGCUCUGACAUGCGCUGACCCCUGACCUUUGACCCCCAGGGACGGUACCCUGACUUCGAAACCCGCCCAGCAUGUGAACCCUCAGUCCUGCUGUCCCGGUCCUGGUCCUGGUCCCGGUCCUGGUCCCGGUCCAGUACCACACUGGCACACAGCGAAGUUGCUACCUGAGCAGAAGGAGCGGCGCCGAGAACAGAGAACAAAAUCUAUUUUCUCUUUUACUUUUCUAAACAGGACGAUUGGUCGACUCGUCUCGCUCGCCCUGGACGCUUCUCAGUCUCUCUCUCUCUCUCUCUCUCUCUCUCUCUCUCUCUCUCUCUCCUGAUUCAUUCCUUUUUGAUUGGCAGUUUCUUCAUGUGCUUUUAAUUUUAUUUCGCUCUUAAGUUAUGUACGAUAUUUAAACUGUUUUAAAUAUAUAAUAUAUAAAUAUAUGCAUUCCCUUUGACCUUCAGGUUCACGCUGCAGUGCAGAGGGCGUGCGAGGGCGAGCCCCACGUUAGCAUCUUCAAUGCUAAGUGUCCUUUAGUUCAGACAUUUCCUCCAGCUCGCUCACCAAACACCCGGUUUGUUCCCCACGCUCCUCUCGACGCUCUGGUUCCGCCGCCGGGAUCCUGGCGUCCGUCGAGGAUCUGAACUCCUCUAAAAGUCUGGUUCGGAUUCUGGUCUCGCUCGGGCCUUGUUUCCACGGCAACGAUUCCAAGUGAAGAAACUACACCCGUGGCUGUGUUUUGAGCUUCGGUUUGCACGGCGGCGGCGCUCGGAGCCACUGGAAACGCCGUUUGUGGAACUUCUUGGAAAUGCUCGGGCUCUGUUACCAUGGAAACGGGCAGAAACAACAGUGUCUGAAACGUUGCUGCUGGAUCCACGGCCCACGUAAAUAGCUGCUCUGCACAUGCAGGGACAGUGGUCUGUCUCGUUCCAGUCCAGAUCCUCCUGGCCCUGGUUCCAGUCCAGAUCCUCCUGGUCCUGGUUCCAGUCCAGAUCCUCCUGGUCCUGGUUCCAGUCCAGAUCCUCCUGGUCCUGGUAGUUUUAGAGCUGACAGUGUUGUGUCCACAUGAUCGUCCAGGUUCUCCAUUGUUAAAGUUUAUGGUGUUUUCUUCUCUCUGGCUUCAUGAGGAAACCCAGCAGCACCACCUAGUGGUCCACCAUGGAGACUCCCUGGUGUGGUUUUGCAGUGCGGUUGCACGGCUUUCUGGGAAACGCUGAGCGUUUCCUCUAGAAUCGUUCUGGAAUCUGAGGAUCGGUCAACACUCAUGAAGUUCGUCCGUCGCCUCCGGAGGCUCAGCAGUGUCUGGAAACGUCUCUCUUGAGACGUGGUCCGGUUGUCCUGCGGGGACAUCUCGUCCUCCCUCGUGUGUCGGAACAGUCCUGGUUCCACGUCCAGCUGAGAGGUUGAAGAACCAGAUCCGUCCUUCUGUGGGCCUGUUUCUGCUUCCUGUUGGGAUGCAGUGACACCUGCUGGUCAGUCAUGGUACUUCCUGAUGCGUUGUGAUCGGUUCUGCCGUUUGGUUCUCCGUCCUCAGGACCGGGUUGGUUCAAGUGAAAACCUGGUUCUUGGUUUCUGUUCCAGAAGAGUUUCCUGUUUAUAUGGAAGUGGAAAAAAAAAACAAAACAAAACACUGAAAAACAGUGUGAUUAGCAUGUCAGGAUGCGAGUUAGAACCGAAACACACACACACACACACACACACACACACACACACACACUCACUCUGGGAGAACAGGGACGGACCGCCUCUUGGCCACAGAGCCCCAGUGUUUCACAACGUUCCACGUUGGGAACUGUUUUAAAAAAGUUGUGUUUUCAGUAUCUCUGAGCGCCGUUGCCAUGGAAACAGACUGUGGAUACUUGAAAUCGUUGUCGUGUGAGCGAGGCCUCGAGUUCCUGAAGGAGCAGAUUGAUGAAGGUCUGGGUUCUUUCGCGCCUUCACUUCCUUUACGUCUCGUUUGAAAUCAGAAAGACAUCAGGGUUUCCUCAGUCCGCCUGACGGCCCCCGAGCCAGGCAGCAGGUGAGGUUUGAAUCCUGUGAGGUGUUUCAGGCCUGCAGGGUCUGGUGGGGGGGGGGGGGGCUCUGAUCCAGCAGAAGGACCGGACCGGACCGGCCGGCCUCCGCUCUGCUCACUGCUGAAACUCAAAAAGGGAAAAUGUGUAAAUUGUGUUUGAACGUGAGCGUUCACGUCCGUGUGUCUGCGUCUGCGCGCCGAGCGAGAGAAUAAAGUUAUUUAUAUAUUUUUUAGAAAAGGAAAGUGUACUAUAAAUUAAAGAAAAAAAACAAAGAAGCCUUGACUGUGGCCAAUGAGGAGGUCUGAGAUCUGCACUCACUGCCUUAAACACUCCCGGUCCGAGGAGCGACGGUGUACAGCAGGCCGAGUGGAGAGUAUUUAUUACCUGCAUCGGAAGACAUUGUUUACUUCUUGAAUGUUUCCUGUUUAUGUAGAAAAGUUUAGAUGUAAUAAAAUGCAUUCUGCUA